AUGGCGUCUUCAUUGAAGUUUCCCGACCCGUUCAAUUUUACGGCGUCGAACCUUGCCUUGGAGUGGAGUCAAUGGAGAAAGCAGUUUGAGUGGUUUAUCAUGGCGACGAGAAAAGGCGAGAAAGAUGAAGACGUGCUUCAGCCAGGCGAGCCAUUUGACUCGUGGCUUGUUGAGUUAAGGAGCUUGGUGAAGUCCUGUAACUAUGAGAACGAGGCUACGGUUAAUUCAAUCUUACGAGACCAAAUUGUGCUUGGAGUGGCCAGGGAUGCUGUUCGAGAGAAAUUAUUGUAUGAUCAUGGCCUUUCGCUGCCCGGUGCAUGCGCCAUUGUUCGAGCGUGUGAGUCUUCAUCCAACCAACUCAGUAAAAUCACGCUGCGUACUGAUGCUGUUCAUGCUGUCCAGGAAAAGCCGCCUCGAGACCAUUCCCGCCUAAAUUCUCCCGGUACAAUUACUCAGAAUGGGUUCGUGAACUGCUCCAAUUGUGGCCGGCGUCACAGGAAAGGUGAUUGCUUAGCCUCGGGAAUCACGUGUUACAGGUGUGGUCAAUCUGGUCAUUACUCAAGACGAUGUUCUCAGCCUUCGACUCAACAGCGACGUAGUUACACUGAUGGUCGCCAGAUGGCGCCGCCUCCCAGUCAUUCCACCAAACCUCCUCAACCAAUACCAGCUCAGCGAGGAACUUACAUGCAACAGCAAUUGCACUCCAUUGAAGAAGUUGAUGAUUUAGUGCCGGUGGGCGCUGGUGGGUUUCUUGAUGAAGAAUAUGUCACUCACGAGCUGAAGAGUUCUGAUGAAGAGGAAGAGUGGUAUGAAGUACUAGAUAUAGAUGGCAGUGCAAAAGUUCGUUUCAAACUGGACUCUGGCGCCACCUGCAACGUAUUGCCACUAGAGUCAUACAGAUCCAUUGGCCAAUCAGUUUCGUUGUGUCCAGGUCCUAGAGUACGCAAUUAUGGGGCGAGAGGUGGAUAUCUUAAAGUGUUGGGGACAUGUGUAGGGUCAGUGGUCUGCCGUGGCUCAACUUAUUCAGUGAAAUUUGUGGUUGUGGAUGAGCCUGGACAGUCGCCUAUACUAGGCCUCCCGACGUGCAGACAGAUGAAACUCAUCAAACGAAUUGACGCUGUCACCUCGGAACAUCCUACUGAGUUGCCACCGAUAUUCACUGAGUUUGCGGAUGUGUUCAAGGGCAUUGGAAGACUACCUGUUGAACAUGACAUUAAAUUGGCCUCUGGUGAUAAGUAUGUGGAUCCUGUUGUGUGUGCUGCGGGACGCCUGCCGUUUCUGCUGGAAGAAAAUGUUUAUAAAAAGUUGGAUCAAAUGGUUUCGGAUAAAAUCAUUGUUCCGGUGGUGGAGCCUACGAAGUGGGUCUGCCGGAUGUUGGUGGUGGGCAAGCCGGAUGGUGAUGUCCAGAUUUGCUUGGAUCCGUCUGAGUUAAAUAAAGCGAUUCAACGUCAACACUUCGCCGUCCCCACGGCGGACCAGCUUUUCGCGAAAAUCGGGAAGUCAAAAUUCUUCUGCAGCUUGGAUGCAGCUUCGGGUUUUUAUCAAAUUCCUCUGACGGAUCGGACCUCCUACUUAUGCACGAUGGCAACUCCAAAAGGACGAUUUCGUUACCUCCGUCUUCCUUUUGGCCUAAAGUCGGCCCUGGAGGUCUACUUGCAAGUAAUGUCCGACCUGUUCGGGGAUCUGCCCGGUGUCAUUAUAUACUUUGAUGACUUCCUUGUCACUGGUGACACGAUGGCUGACCUGGAAAUCAACUUACGUGCAGUGUUUGUGCGGUGCCGUGAGCACAAUUUAAAGCUCAAUCUAAAGAAGUGCCAAUUCUUUUUACAGCAGCUGCCCUGGCUUGGACACGUCAUCGGUCAUGGUACUCUUCGUCCAGAUCCAGAGAAGAUCGACGCCAUUGUGAAUAUGCCUGACCCAACGGAUAAGCUGAGUUUACAGCGUCUACUCGGCAUGGUGACUUAUUUAGUCCAAAUUUUGCCAGGGUCUCGCGACUCUGACUCGACCUCUCCGUGA